AUGUCUGGCUUUGCGUCCAUUGACCCCGCGUCUCCCAGCGACGCCCCGCAGAUCCUGUUCCAAGGCGACACACGCCAGCAGCAAGGGGAUAGACUGUCGUGCGAGUCAGGAAGCCCCAAAAAUGGACUGCGCUGCGGCAAUGACGAGGUUUGCGGAGAUGGUGGACGCGCCAUCAAGGGGUGGGCGCAGCAGCGGCCAUUUGGUGGUGCGGGAUGGAUUCGUGGAUGCAAGGAUGAGAUCGAGAUGGAUGGCUUGAUGGAACAAGGUCUGCUGUUUAAUCUCAAAGGAGAGGUUAGACUGAUCUGUGGAUGA